AUGCUGCAAUAUGGUUUCAAACAGAGUCAAGCUGAUCAUACUUUGUUUUUGAAACACUCACAUGGUAAGACAACAGCUCUUAUUGUCUAUGUAGAUGAUAUUGUACUCAUAGGGGAUAAUGUUGAGGAGGUUCCUCGGUUAAAGGAGUAUUUGGCCAAUGAGUUUGAAAUUAAAGACUUGGGCAGCUUGAAGUACUUUCUAGGUAUUGAGGUUGCUCAGUCCAAAGAUGGCAUCUUUAUAUGUCAAAAAAAGUAUGUGCUUGAUUUGCUAAAAGAAAUUGGACUGCUUGGCAGUAAAGCUUGUGAUACAUCACUAGAGCCUGAACUGAAGCUUAAUGAGGAUCAAGGAGGCGAGCUUGUAGACAAGGGGAGGUACCAGAGUCUAGUUGGCAAGCUUAUUUACUUAUCUCAUUCGCGCCCUAACAUUGCUAUUGCAGUGAGUAUGGUUAGUCAGUUUAUGCAUGCUCUACAUGCAAUUCACUUAGAGGCAGUUAUGCGGGUUCUAAGGUACUUGAAGUCUUCUCCGAGAAAGGGUCUCUAUUUCUCCAGACAUGGUCAUCUUAGUGUGGAGGCAUAUACAGAUGCUGAUUGGGCUGGAUCAGUCACUGAUAGACGGUCAACCUCUGGCUAUUGUACCUUUGUUGGAGGAAAUCUAGUUACUUAG